AUGAAUACGUUGCGUUGCAAAGUACAUGCGGGAGUUGUUGGAUGGCGCAAUUUCAGCACCACAGCGAUCAGGAAGCAAAGCAGGAGGCCUCGAUUUCCCUGGUUCAAUAAGCAUAUGAAAGUGACAGAUCCGGCUCGGCAAGAUCCUGAGCAUUUUGAAAAAUUGGCUCAUCAGCUACCACUCGGUUUGUUCUCAAUCCGGAAUUUCGAUUAA